AUGCAGUGUGCAAUUUGUCAAGAAACUAUUAAUAAUUGUGUAUCGUGCUAUGGUUGUAAAAACCAUCUCUGCUACGGUUGCGCUGGCCUGGAAGAAAAAAGCUAUCGUAGAUUCAAUCAAGACAAAAAAUCAGAAUGGAGGUGUGCUCAUUGCAAGAAUACAAAAAAGGAACCAUCGAUCAACGAAGUCAUAUUGAAAGAGAUCCGCGAUAUUAAAAGUAGGGUUAACUCCAUACCGGAAUUGUUGGAAGAUGUCAAGACUAUCAAGUGCGAACUGGAGGAGUUAAAAGACGCUUGUAAUGAAAACAACAAGCGAUUGGACGAGUUUGACGCCAGAAUCGCAACAAUGGAGGAAAACGUAUCAGAGAUAAAUCAUAUCAAGGACAAGCCUGCCAUAACGCGCGUUGAUUUUGAUCGCAUCCAACAUUAA